CAAUGAGUACAGACGUAACUAUACAAAUAACCUUAUAAAAUCAACAUCUAAAAGUAUUUUAAUAAUGCAUUUUGUAUUAAAAGCGUUUGUAUUUUUAAUUUUCUUGAACAGUUUACAUUGCGCUGUGGUGAAAAGGAAAACUUAUUCGGAGUUGAGGUCUUGUGAUAUUGGUGGUUUGGCAGAUGAAAUUGCUUCCUAUGAUACUGUCGUCAAAGAUAUUAUCGAAUACGUCUCCGGGCCGUUCAAGGGGAAGACAUACGAUGAAUUAGCUAAAUUCGUAGAUAAAUUUGGAGCCCGUCCAUCAGGUUCUAAAGUUUUAGAAGAAUCUAUAGACUAUAUGAUUCAACUUACCCAAGAUGAGGGUCUUACUGACAUUACCUUAGAAAACGUAGAGGUUCCACAUUGGGUCCGAGGGAAAGAAUUUGCUACGAUGCUCAAACCCAGAGAAAAAAAUAUUGCACUAUUAGGACUUGGAAGGAGUGUUACUACUCCAGAAGAAGGAAUCACUGCCGAAGUUGUUGUUGUGUCCAGUUUUGAAAACUUGGAUGCUGCAAAAUAUGAAGAUAUCAAAGGCAAAAUUGUACUGUACGAUCCAAUUUUCACAACCUAUGGCGAAACGGUGGUUUAUAGAUCUCAAGGUGCUACAAAAGCAGCUGAAAAAGGAGCAGUAGCAGCACUAGUAAGAUCAAUAGCUCCGUUUUCUAUAAAUUCACCACACACCGGCUCUCAGACGUAUGGUGAGAAUGUAACACAAAUACCAACUGCUGCAAUAACUCUAGAAGAUGCUGACUUGAUAAGAAGAUUAUACAAUAGAGGAGAAACUAUCGAAUUAAACAUUAAAAUGUUCUCAACAUUUGAUAUUCAAACGUCACGAAAUACCAUAAUCGAUUUAAAGGGUAUUGAAAAGCCAGAGAAACUUGUAAUUGUAUCUGGACAUAUCGAUAGUUGGGAUGUCGGACAAGGAGCUAUGGACGAUGGAGGCGGUCUAUUUGUGAGUUGGGCAGCGCCUGUAAUUCUUAAACGUUUAAAUUUACGACCAAGAAGAACUAUUAGGUCUAUUUUCUGGACAGCUGAAGAACUGGGAUUAGUUGGCGCAUAUGCGUACGAAAAGGAGCAUAGAAACGAGAUGACUAAUAUUAAUUUUAUAAUGGAGUCUGACGAGGGGACUUUUGCACCUCUAGGUUUGGCCGUUGCCGGUACCCAGGAAGCUAGAUGUAUCGUUGCAGAAAUUUUAAAGUUGUUUGAAUCUAUAAAUGCGUCUGCAUUGAUAGAGGAUGAUAGUCCUGGAUCAGAUAUUGCUGUAAUAAUUAGAAAUGGUGUCCCCGGUGCCAGCCUCCAUAACGAUAAUGAGAGAUAUUUCUGGUUCCACCACACAGAAGGUGACACCAUGAAUGUCGAAGAUCCGGACGAGUUAGAUCUUUGCACUGCAUUUUGGACUGCGGUUUCGUACAUAAUUGCAGAUAUUUCCGUAGAUAUUCCGCGAUAACAUAAAUCUUGUCACAGUUUUCUUUUGUCUUCAUGCAUACGUAAUUUAUGAAACUGUUAUAUACAAAGAUGAUACAUAAAACAGUGUUUUAUUU